UGCAAAUCAAGCGAAGUCCAUCCGAGGUCUGCUCGCGAGAUCAGAAAAUCGAGUACGGCCACUAAUCCCAUAAAUGCGGCAAGGUGGCGUCCUGUUUUUACACUUGCAUGGGUCUGAUGCGGACAGUUGGAGGUGUGGGAGGCGGUGGCAGUGACGCACAGAUGCCGGAGGAGGCGGUGUCCACGCUCAAUCAUUGCCCGACCUACCGGCAGAUCCCAGGUGCCGGAACGGGCGCGGGAUCAGCACCGGCCAAGCGAGUACCCGUCCUAUUUUCCACCAACCGGGGGCUUUAUCUGCGCCUGGCCCAACCACUGGGAGAUCAGAUGCAGAUGGAGGCGCUGACACUGCAGCCACGCGGCCAGAACUACAACAUCAGCUUCUGCGACCUGGAGCGCUGGAGUACCAAUCGGGCGAAUGUGGUUAGCCUGGAGGACACCUUUACCAUCAUGCAGCAGCGAAAUAUGUCGCCGGAGUCUGUGAACUACCAGCCACGCCUGUGGAAGAACAACGUCAGCUACAGCCUGAUGCACUGAACUGAAAGCACCUCAAGAGAUUACAUCUAAACAAUACAAUAGCAGUAUGUCGAAACACAGAAGUCUUGUAUGUA